AUGAAUUCCCAUGUCAACGCCGCAGACACCUUGAAAAGUGACCUGUAUGUAGACAAUGUUUUGUCGAGCUUUGCGCACGAGAUGGACGCAUUAACCUACUUCCGGAAAGCACGUGAUAUGAUGACUACAGCCGGGUUCAAUCUGCGGUCAUGGAUGUCAAAUAGUACCCGUCUUAGAGAGCUCGCGGAAGCUGAAGGUUGCCUUGACAACGACACACUCACCAAAGUCCUGGGUAUGCGUUGGCAUGCAGUUACAGAUGAUUUGUCAUAUGCACCACGUGAUAUACCUGCCAUAGAGAACGCUACUAAGAGAUCCAUCCUUCAAUACUCCUCCCGCAUAUAUGACCCUCUUGGACUGCUGAGCCCAGUGACCGUGCGAGCCAAGAUUUUGAUGCAAGAGAUAUGGAAAGAGAAAAUUGAUUUGGACAUCCCACUUUCGAGCAAUUUUCAAGAGAAAUGGAAAUCACAUGCAGAAGAUUUCAACGAAGUGACUACGAUUUCCUUCCCCCGACGAUAUUUUCAUCAUGCAGACGACAAACAUACCUCCCACCAUGAAGCAGACGAUCCUCCCAUAAUGUACGUAUUUGUCGAUGCCAGCAUUCAAGCUUACGGAGCAGUAGCCUACCUAUGUAAAGGGAGAGAAUCUUCAUUAGUUAUGGCGAAGAACAGAGUUGCUCCAUUCAAAACGCUCACACUUCCGUAA